AUGUCGGACAACACUCAGCAACAACCCAGCCUCAUUGGCGGUCACGCUCAAUACGUCAAGGGCGCUGCAGAGGUAAGCCAGAAUGAAUCCCAAGUCACUCCUCAGCUCGUAUCUGACAUCUACUCCAGGNGCGUCAUUGGUAGCGUUACCGGCAACUCAGCAUGGCAGCAAAGCGGCGAGACCGACAAGCAAGGCGGUAUUGACGCCAUGAAGGCCGCUUCCCAGAACCGCGACCCCGCCUCCGACGGUUACGGCAAGGUCGAAGAGGUGGCCGGAAGACUCUCUGGCUGUGAGGGCAUGGAGAAGGAGGGUGCCAUGUCGGCCAAGAAGGAUUAA